AUGGCAAUUGCAACCCUUACAACAAAGUUCCACCCUUUAUAUGUGUUGCAUAUAAGGGGGAAGUAUAGCAAAAGGAAGAACCGCUUCAAACGCUCUGAUGGCAGUACCUCUUCUGACACAACAUCGAACAGCUUUGUCAGGCAGGGUUCUGCUGAGUCCUAUACCAGUCGCCCAUCUGACUCUGAUGUGUCCCUGGAGGAAGACCGUGAAGCCCUGCGCAAAGAAGCAGAGCGCCAAGCGUUGGCACAGCUGGAGAAAGCCAAGACCAAGCCAGUAGCAUUUGCUGUGAGGACAAAUGUGGGCUAUAAUCCUUCUCCCAAUGAUGAUGUGCCAGUCCAAGGCAUGUCUAUUUGCUUUGAACCCAAAGACUUCCUUCAUAUCAAAGAGAAAUAUAACAAUGAUUGGUGGAUUGGACGUCUGGUUAAAGAAGGUUGUGAAGUGGGCUUCAUCCCAAGCCCGGUCAAACUGGAGAAUAUGAGGAUGCAACAGGAAAUAAAGAUGAGACAACAUCGGCUUAGCUCAAGUAAAUCAGGAGACAAUUCCACUUCCAGCCUGGGAGAUGUGGUGACAGGUCCCCGGAGACCCACCCCACCUGCUAGUGGUACCUUGGAACUGACUAACUUAGCUUAUGACCCAGAUGCCCUUGAUUUAGAGGAGGAGGAAGAGGCAGGAGCCGACGAGAGCCAGCGCACCCCUAAAACUAGCGUUAGCAGUGUCACCACACCUCCCUCUACCACCAAGCGCAUCCCCUUCUUUAAGAAGACAGAGCAUGUGCCACCAUAUGAUGUGGUUCCCUCUAUGAGACCGAUCAUCCUUGUGGGCCCAUCUUUGAAAGGAUAUGAGGUGACAGACAUGAUGCAGAAAGCCUUAUUUGAUUUCUUGAAACGCCGAUUUGAUGGCAGAAUAUCCAUCACACGUGUGACAGCUGAUAUCUCUCUUGCUAAGCGCUCAGUUCUCAACAAUCCUAGCAAACACACCAUCAUUGAGCGCUCCAGUACCCGUUCCAGUCUGGCUGAAGUCCAGAGUGAGAUAGAACGCAUCUUUGAAUUGGCUCGAACAUUACAAUUGGUUGCCUUGGAUGCAGACACCAUUAAUCAUCCAGCUCAACUCUCCAAGACUUCAUUAGCACCUAUUAUUGUCUACAUCAAGAUAUCUUCCCCAAAGGUGCUGCAAAGGUUGGUGAAAUCUAGAGGUAAAUCCCAGGCCAAGCACUUGAAUGUUCAAAUGGUGGCAUCAGACAAGUUGGCACAAUGUCCCCCAGAAAUGUUUGACAUCAUUCUGGAUGAAAACCAGUUGGAAGAUGCUUGUGAACACCUGGCUGAGUACCUGGAAGCCUACUGGAAGGCCACGCAUCCUCCUAGCAGCAAUCCACCCAAUCCACUGCUAACCCGCACCAUGGCAACUGCUGCCCUGGCUGCGAGCCCUGCCCCGGUCUCCAACCUCCAGGGACCCUAUUUGGUGCAUGGGGAGGAGCCUCAUGACCCCGAGCAUCCUGGCCUCCACAGCUACACAGGGCAGCCAGUGGGGCAUGGCCAGAUCCGUUCAAUGGUGCCUCCUUCUCACUUGGCUGCCCGUGGCCUUUCCCGACAAGACACCUUUGAUUCAGAGAUGCUGGGCAGUCGUGAUUCUGCUUACACAGAUCCAGCGGAUUCCUGCAUGGACAUUGAAACUGACCCGUAUGAGGAGCUGGAUCCUCCUUGCCUGAGUCACCGCCAGGGCGCCUGGCAGGCUGAAGAACCUGAGUCUCAUCACUUCCAGGGCCACGGUCAUCGUCCCCUCCAGUGCCAAGGCUCCCCAGACGCUGAGGAGCCUGACCGACAAAACCAUAACCGGUCUCUGCGUGGGCGGAGCAAAGGGCGGGAACACUACUGCCAGGAAGAGGAGGAGGUGGAAGCUCUAGGUCAUAACCAUAACAAUGUGGAGGACUGGGGGCGUGAUGUUUAUAUCCGUUAAGGCCUCAAGGGCAGGUUUUUAUUUGUCUAGAAAGAAGCUUGUUCCCACUCAGACCUUUGGGGGAUGACAGCUGAGAGCCACUGAGGGCAGAGGCUGUCCCUAAAAGAUUGGCCUUCAGCCCCACAGGUAGAGCUUGAUGGCUGUAGUAUUUGCACCCCCAAAGCCACAUCAUCAUUGACCAGCCUGUAACUCAAUGCCCCUCCUUGUCUGGGGACUCCCUCCAUUCCCGUUUUGCCAUUUGUGCCAACAACUUCUUUAACAUCCUCACCCUGCCAGCAGCACUGCCUGGGCUUUCCCACAAGAUCAUGAAGAAUCACAUUGACCUUAAAUUUUUCUUUACACUUCAGGGCUGGAAGGGUGGAGACAGAGUCCCUGAGGACAGGGAGAGGGAGAGAAUUGGUCUCCGCCGGUGCCUCAAAUUAUCCAAAUGCUUGGGGGAUGGCAGGGGUGGACAGUGACCAUACACUGGCUCUUCUAAAGUCCUUCUUGCCUGUCCCCAGCCAGAGCCAAACCGCUUCUGGAGG